GCAGGUAGAUGCGUAAUGCAGAAUUGUUGGUGUUGUUAUUGGUAGCGGUUGACAGUUGUCUCAGUGAGUGGCCUGAAUUUUAAGAAAAUGUUCAUCUUAAAUUAGUUACAGCAGUGUGGAUUGAUUGAAAAAAUUUCUUUGUCGAUGGUGACGUGUUUGGAAAUGGCGUGUUUGACAAUAAACUUGAUUACACCAUAAAGAAGCUUUGUAAUCUUUGAAAUUGCGCUAAAAUGACCAUGUUGUAAAUUGCACCAUCAUCCUGCAACCUGCUCUUACGUUCGUUAUAGUGACGUAAGUAACAGGAGAAGACCAAAAAACUUGAACUUUUUUUAUAGCACUAAACGCUUUACUUUGCUCGCAUGCGGAGGCAACAAGAAACAUCAGUACGAGUUCUAUGAAUGUUUUAUGCAGUGCCGUCAUGGGUUCGAAUCACGUUGAGUCACCUGAUUUUUUCAUGUCCUGAGACGAUUGCUUAAAUUGUCCAGCUAAAGUGCGAAGAUCAUAUCUCAUUUAAGUACGAGUUCUAUUGUUUCAUUGUAAAGAUGGAUAAUAACUGGGAAAAUUCACCGAUAAUUCUACCUGGAAAUAAGGAUGAAAAUGACGCUAACGUUAACACCGGUGUAAAUACGUCCUCUGAUAGUAGUCCUAUGACUCUAACUUUUAAUAACUUACAAGUUUUUAUUGAGAACCGCAAGAUUCUUGAUAAUGUGAGCGGUUGUGUGAAGCCAGGAGAAGUUCUGGCUGUAAUGGGACCUAGUGGUUCUGGAAAAACGACUCUGUUGAAUUUUCUUGCUGGCCGUCAAGUUGGUGAUCAAAAAUCUGGUGAAGUCUUAUUGAAUGGUCGACAUAUGAAUAAGAAACUAAAGAGAAAAGUCAGCUAUGUGUUGCAAGAGGAUCUUUUCUUUGACAAUUUGACACUAAAAGAGACCCUUACUUACUCAGCUUUUCUUCGGCUGCCAGAGAAAAUGUCAAAGUCUGAAAAACUUCGGAAGGUUGAAGAGAUUGUUGAAACUUUGGAUCUAAAACAAUGUGUUAACACAAAAAUGGGAAACUCUAUUAAAAGAGGCUUAUCUGGAGGUGAAAAAAAGAGAGCUAACAUUGGAUGUGAACUGAUUACCAAUCCUUCACUCUUGUUCCUUGAUGAACCAACAUCUGGACUUGACUCAAGUAAUGCUUACAGUUUAGUGAAAACUUUGGAAAAUCUUGCUGAAAGGGAAGCAAAAACAAUUGUGAUGACUAUUCACCAACCAUCAAGCCAAAUAUUUCAUUUGUUUGAUAAGUUAUUACUUAUGGUUCAUGGAAAGGUGGCUUAUUACGGAAAUUCUGCAGAUGUGCUCGCAUUUUUUGAGCAUGUUGGUUAUGCUUGUGAAGAACAUUAUAAUCCAGCAGACUAUAUAUUAGAGGUUUUGUCAAGUGGUAUUGAAGCAGAAGAGAAGAUUGUUUCUGCCUGUCAAGAAUGGAUUAAAGGAACCCUGCCUAUUCCUGUUUGUGUAGAAAGACGAAGCAUGUCAACCCAAAGCGAAAGAAAUCGUGAUUCCAUCGUGCUACCUUUGGACUACUGCAUACAAAACCGCUCGAUUUCACGGGAGGAUCGUUCCCUUGACUCUGUUAGCUCGCGUACUGGGACCAAGAGUACCGAUAAAAAUGAACAUGAUGACAAUGAUGAAUCUAAUGGAUGCGUGAAGACGACGCACACAACGGCAAAUAAAGGAAAAAUUGGGUCAGGAUUCCUAGCUAAACAAGAAACUGUCGUACAUAUCGAUACUACAGGGAACAAUCGAGUAUCCUUUCGUCGAAACUCUAUGGAAGCCAUAAAGAGAAUGAUGGAUAAUAGUUCGGAAGAUAGCGAUGAUGAUAAUGGAUAUCAUGGGUUUCAUUUGGAUCACAGAGAUAAAUGGCCGACAUCAUUUUGGACACAGUUCCGUGUUCUCACUCAUAGAACAUUUAAACAAUCAAUGCCGAUCAUUUUAUCAAAGUUAAAUCUUGUGCAGAAUGUUUUGUUAGCUUUGAUAAUUGGAUUGAUUUGGUUUCAAGUGCCACAUAAAGAAGAAUCAAUAAAUGACAGACGAGGAUUGUUAUUUUUCUUUGUUACAUAUUGGACCUUCACUCCACUGUUUCGAGCUUUACUCACUUUUCCUUCUGAGGAAGUCGUCAUUCGCAAAGAAAGAUCGGCUGGAAGCUACCGUCUGUCUGCUUAUUUUUUGGCUAAAUGUCUCAGUGAAAUACCAUUGGUUAUCUGUUAUCCAAUCAUUUUUCUUUUCAUAUUUUAUUGGCUAUGUGGCCUUAAUCCGAGUGUCGCGUUCCUUGGUCAAGCUUUAAACAUCGUUACUAAUGCAAUUUUAUCUCAGUCAAUAGGUCUGGCUAUUGGUGCCACAGUGAUGUCUUUCAAUGAAGGAAUCGUUUUGCGUCAGUUUUUGCUCUUACGUGUAUGUUAUUGGGUGGAUUCUAUACUGACCGAGUACCUGAUUGGUUACGUUGGACUCGUUAUAUCACCUUUCUUAAUUAUUCAUUCGAAAAUUGCCUCAUUAUGGAAUUUACCGGAAUCAAAGAUCACAGUUGUGCAGAAAGAACAAGUUACAUUGAAUGCCAAAAUAAUGGUACUACAAUCAGUGGAAGUCAAAUUCUUAAACAUCUCCAUGUCUCACGGACAUAUGGAGAGAAUUUUGCCAUUUUGUUAGCAUAUACAGUCAUAUUUCACAUCAUUGGAUAUUGCACACUGCGAUUUCGUCAUAAACCAAAAUAAUUUAUGAAACAUAAAGUAGUUUAGAUUGUGUUCUGUUCAAAA